AUGGUUAAGAGAUCCAAAUCAAUUGAAAGAACUAUAAAAGAAGCAGAAUAAUAUUUGAGCAGAUUCCCUGAUUUUACAUAAAAACCUAAAAAAUAAAGUCAAAUCAAGAUCAAUCAAAAUGUUCAAUAAAAUUAGGGUUUAUUAUCAAAUAGUAAAUCAGAGAAAAAGGAAUAGAAAUAGAAAGUUAAGAUUCUAGCUUCUACUUAAAAAACUUUAAAUUACUUCAUUCAAAAAAAGGUAAAUGUAUAAGAUGACAAUAUCUAAACAAAAGUAAUAGAUAAAGUUGUAUCGUCUUAAGUAUAGUAGGAUAAGUAAAAAUAAUAAGAAGAGAUCGAUGUAAGUUAAAUAUUGAUGAGUGAUUAAAAUAGUAAAGGGAUUUAAUAAAAUGAUAAAAAUAAGGAAUAAUAAUAGGAUGCAGAUAAAAAGGUUUCAUAAGAUUGGUGGAAAUCAAUUUUUUAUUAAGGACAUAAGUAAGAAGCAAAAUCAAUUAAAAACAAUACAGUUACAUCAUUUCUAAAACCAAAUAACAAAGUAUAAUAAGUAGUAAUACAAAAAUAAGAAGAAAAUAUAAAAAUUAAGAAAUUAUAGGAAUCCAUAAAUACACCAGAAAAACAAUAGAAUACAAAAACAUCGUUGAAAUUAGCAAACUUUUUUUAAACUAAAAAACUAAAGAUGGAUUCAAUCAUAAAUUAAUCUAAAUAAAAUGAAUAAUUGAAUUAGAUUUAAAUCAAAGAUAAUAAUAUCAAUAAUAAUAAUAUUGAGGGUAUUAACAAAGAUUUUUGUACAAAAGUAAAAGAAAAUAAAGAGGAUAUCAAAUUAUUAAGUUCAAGUUAAAAUAAUAAUGAUAGACUUAAUGAGAAAGAAUAUGCAAAACCAUAAAACAAUAUUUAAAAAGAAUAAAAGGUUAUAUAAUCUUAAUCAAUAAUGAUAUCAUAAGUUCCUGAUUGUGAAUUUGGAAUGGUAGAUUGUGUUUUUGUUGUAGAUACAACUGGAUCUAUGGAUCCUUAUUUAGAGAGAACAACAGAGGCUGUAGAGAUGAUAAUAAAUAAAAUAAAAUAACAAUCAUUGGAAGAAUAAGUUAGUGUGAAAUUUGGUUUGGUAUGUUAUCGUGAUCAUCCACCUCAAGAAUUAACUUAUGUAACUGAAGUUCAUGAUUUAUGUUCGAGAUCUGAAAUAAUAUCUAUAAUUAAAUAAGCAGAUUGUUAUGGUGGAGGAGAUGGAGCUGAAGCAGCUUUGGAUGGUUUGAAUGAAGCAGUUAAGAAAAUAAGUUGGAGAGAUAGUUCUACUCUUCCAAGUUUGAGAUAUAUUUUUCAUAUUUGUGAUUAGCCUCCACAUGGUAAGGAAUUUGGUGGAUAUAGUGAAUUAUGGGAUGAGGGAUGUCCUUGUGGUUUAAAACCAGAAGAAGUAGUUAAUAGGAUAAAUAGGAAUGAAAUUCAUUACAGAUUGAUUAUGGCUAAUGGUUCAAUGUUAUAGAAGUUUGCUUAAUAUUUAAGAGGGAUAAUUCAUAAUUAUGAUGAAACCACUUUGGAUGUGGCUAUUGGGAUGGAAAUCAGAAUAAGUGAUAUGGUAAUUAGAGAAUUAUGCCCAUAUACUUAAUAAGAGUGA